UCUUUAGGAGAGAUAACCUAGUACCCGUGUUUACCUAACCUACUGUUCUUUAGACAGUCUUCCCAUUGCCACAGUUAAGGAUUUCCACUCCAGAAUCUGCAGCUAAAUGAGUGGCAUGGCAAGAAGAGGCACAUCUAGCCUGUGAUGUGACAAGGAAGCAUGGAUCCCAAACAGAGGAUCCUUGUUAAGUGGCAGGUUCCAGUUCGCUGUUUCCUCUACUAAGAUCAUGAUUUUGGAAGGAGCUGGCAGAAUGAGUAUCAAUUCCAGCAGCAACCUACUCCACCAGCAGCCUUCCUGGACAGACGGAUAUUCCACAUGCAAUGUGUCCAGCAGUUUCUAUGGAACGCAGUGGCAUGAAAUCCACCCGCAGUAUUGGACCAAGUUUCAGGUCUGGGAGUGGUUGCAGCAUCUCCUUGAUACCAACCAGCUGGAUGCCAACUGCAUACCUUUCCAGGAGUUCGAUAUCAAUGGGGAACACCUGUGCAGCAUGAGUCUGCAGGAAUUCACUCAGGCAGCGGGGACAGCAGGGCAACUGCUUUACAGCAACCUUCAGCACCUAAAAUGGAACGGUCAGUGUGGAAGUGACAUGUACCAAUCUCAUAAUGUCAUUGUGAAGACAGAGCAAACAGAUCCGUCAUUAAUGGUGUCCUGGAAAGAUGAGAAUUAUCUAUAUGACAGUGGCUAUGGUAGCACAGUAGAGUUAUUGGACAGUAAAACAUUCUGUCGUGCCCAGAUCUCCAUGACCACACCUAGUCACCAGCCUCCUGAUUCUUUAGAAGUGAAAAAGACACAAGAGCAUACCCCAAAGUCCCACACCAAGAAGCACAACCCUCGAGGAACUCAUCUCUGGGAAUUUAUUCGAGAUAUUCUUCUCAAUCCUGAGAAAAACCCAGGAUUAAUCAAGUGGGAAGACCGGUCAGAAGGUGUCUUCAGGUUUUUAAAAUCUGAGGCUGUGGCUCAGCUCUGGGGAAAGAAGAAAAACAACAGCAGCAUGACCUAUGAGAAACUCAGCCGGGCUAUGAGAUAUUAUUAUAAAAGAGAAAUCCUGGAGCGUGUGGAUGGUCGGAGAUUAGUAUAUAAGUUUGGAAAGAAUGCUCGUGGCUGGAGAGAAAAUGAGAAUUAAAUAUGUCAAGAAACAGCAUUUAAAACACCUGGAUGUAAAUAUUCAAAGACUAUUUUCUUAUAUUUAUGUACCAAACGGGGGUGAAAAGCCAAUUCUACUUCUGUCGGGAAGAAGGAACAUUAUCAUUAUUGGUGUUAAAAUUAUUUUAUUUGAAGUAUGUCCUGUAUGGGGAAAAAAUGUACACAGUUUUCUGUGAUAUAUGAUAACAUUAUAGAAUUAUGAUUAUUUUUCCCUUUUUGUGAAGUUUUUCUCUUUUUUUUUUUAAAUCAUACAGGCAUAAUGUGACUUAUGACAAUGCUGUGAGUCAUGCAAAGAAAGGGAAGGAGGGAAAUACUAGGGCAUUUAGUGAGUAUGAUAGUCCACUUCAGAAGGCAACUAUAAGUGGAGGAAACAGUAAGCAUCUCUGAGCCAAGUAGUCUUGUUCCGUAAUCAUCUGGUUUAUAGCUUUCAUUGGCCAAUAUCACUUGUUCCUUCCCACCUCCGAUUUCUGAGUGUUUAAACACUUGCUGGCUUCCAGUUGCUUUUGUUAAGUUGGACAGUGGGUUCAGCUUCAGUUAGCUCAUCCCAGCCAUAAGGAUCAGUGGCUCUACAAGGUGGCCAUGAGUGUUUGUUUGGAGAACCCAUACUAUCUCCACCACUGGUACCUUCUUUUGUAGGCAGAAGUUCAGGACCUGGCCUUGCCUGGUACUGAGUAUCCUUCAUAAUCUCCACAGGGCAUUCAGCUCAUCCCAGGAAAAGGGCUAUUUGUUUUCAACUGAUAUCUUUGAGGUGAACUGCAAGAAGAGAGUCAGUCUCAGGGACCAAAAGCAAUUGAAGGGAGAUAAUUGUUUUCUGACUGGGAGAACUUACUAAAAUGCACCAGUUUUCUAGUAGAAAUAAUUAAAAACCCUCUUAUAUUCCUAAUUAGAGCAUUCAGCCUCAUGCCACGUAAAUUGGUGAGGUAGUAGGCAAGCAAAACAGAUAUACUAAUCCCAUGGCCUGCGGGAGAAGUCUCCCCUGUUCCUUCAAGCCAUAUGGUCCUCCUGGCAGGUCAAGUCUCACUUGGACAGAUAUUUUCAAAAAACCUUUGAGAAAAGCAAAGCUCCAUUGCAUCUAAAAUAUGAGUUCACUUUGCUUUUCUCAAAUCUAAAUCUACAUUCUUUGUAUUUGUCAUCUUUGCUUGGGAUUCUUGGUAGGGAAAGAACCUGCCAACAUAAAGACACUCAGACUGGGGACAUUCAGAUCUGAGUCAGUAUUUUGGGCUCGUCUCUAGCAGUGCUAUGCGGAGACUGAACGUUCAUCGGCAGCUUUUUCUUUCUCCAAAUCACAAAUGCUUCCUCCUGGAAUGAAGUACAUACAGAACAUGGGGAAAUAAAAAAAUAGAAGAGGCGGCACUUCACCAGGUCACUGAGUACGUGAGCUGUGGGAGUUGAGAAACAGGAUUUUCUUGGUGAUGUUAACAGAGGUGAAACCAAGAUCGAUUCCAGUUCACUUUUUUCAGGGACGGGGAAUUUGGAAAACAGUAUCAAUAAUGGGGGCUGAGAAAACCAGGACCAAAAAAAAAAAAAGAGAGAAAUUAAAGCAUAUUAAAUCUGUACUGGCAAUAUCCAUUUCCUCAGGCAGCACCUCGAUUUGAUUCCAGAUUUGCCUGAAACGCAGCAGGGUGCAGCUGGAGGUUGUAGGCUAUUCCACUUUUUGUUUGUCCUAAAAGGAAAUAGAGAUGAAACCAAGAGACAACAGAAUUAUCAAUAUAAAGGGUAUCAAAUGUGCUUAGCAACAAUUUGUAGGCAAACAUGAGAGCCUAACUUGUUAUCUACACAUGUAGGGCAUGUCAAACAAUAACACUGCCUCCCACACCGUGUAUGCCAGAGCUGUCACCAUCAAUUACCCAUACAUGACAAUUUUUACUUUUCAUAACCUGGGUGGAGAGAGGUUCAUCUUAUUUACAAAUCAAGUAAUAAGCCUCUGUACUUCAAAGCACUUUUUUUCUUUCAGCAUAUCUCUCUCUUUUUUUUUUUUUUUUUUUUUUGACUGACUGAGCUAGCAUUGCUUGCUUUUGUGCGACUCACUAAUUUCCUCUUUUUCAGCUUGAUUGGCUACAUUCCACUCCCUUUGCCAUCGCUUGUAGUUCAUAUAACAAGAGCCAGGCCAGCAGAUCAGGAAAUCACCUUCACUUUGCUCCAAAGACCGUUUCUCCCCCCACCCCGUGUUAUUUGCAGCUCGUCACUCCGUGCUCUUCACCACUCCAGACCCCACCUUAGGUGAAAACCUGAGGUCAGUGGUACCAUCACAAGCCCACUGGCACCAGCUUUUCACACUUUCUUGCUUUGGGAGCAAAGAGGAGCAGUGGAGAACGGUAGCCAUACUGGUGUACUUCAUCUCAGGUUAACAUACACCUUCUAGCAACUGAUUGUAAUUCCUAUCGUAAAGCUGCUUUUUAACCAGAUCUCUCACCAGACUUCCUAGGAAAUAAAAUGAACUUGUGGUUAUACAUGUGUUGCCCCUCUGUGACUGAGCAGCAGCUAAACCUGCUCUUAAAAGUUCUGAAUAAUAAAGCUUCAUUGCGAAGCCUACUGUAUAAAUCUAGAGAGCGGUUUACGCUGGCAUGCAGUAUAAAUGCCAGUCUUUCACCGCUGUAUCUUUCAGCGUGGGGACACCGUGCAAUUUGUGUUCCCUUUCUGCAGAACUUUUCAGACUAGCUACUUGUCAUUCAGCAGUACAAGAGCACAAAGUUGGAGUAGAAGCCAGCCAACGUUUACUGUUUUACAAGUAUAUUAACCUUUGCCUAAGACAAACACAAAGGACUGUUUAAAAAUACAAUUCUUGCCAAGGACAGAUGCAACCAACCAACCAACGAACCAAAGGGAAUCCUUUUACCAGACAUAAGCAAAUGGAGAAAAUGAAGAGAUUAAUGUUUAUGUAAAUUACUAUUUAAACAAAAAGCAUUUCUGAUUGCUCUUUUAUUUUAUAUUUCAGAAGCUGAGCAAUCAUAUUUUUAGAUGUAUCCUUUAAGUUAGCAGCUGCUGAGCUGGUAGCACCAUGUGUAUAGAUUUUUAUUGUACCAUAAUUUUUCAUAUGUAUAAAGCUCUAGAUAGCAAAGUAUAUUAUAUUUAUAUAGUUACAUGCAAAUCACAAUGUCAAAGGUGUUGGCAUGAGCACUCUCAAACUGUAUCUUCUGCACAAAAUUAGAGCAAAACAUCCAGAGAAACUGUUUGUAGGUUGAUGAACUACACAGACAUUAAAGUGCUCAGUUAUAUUUUCAUCUUCCUUUCUACAGCAAAUUGCAUAAUUCCUGCUUGCUUCUCACAGCAUCUUCAAUGUAUAAAUGUAGAAAAAGAUCCACAUUAGAUAUUUCACUAUUUCCAUUGUACAUCUCACCUUGGAAACUAUGUAUCACAGAAUGGUUCUAAAGACUGUUUCUAUUUUUAUGGAUAUGCUGUAAAUUCAAAUAAAACAACUCAUGAAAGAAAUUUA